AGGGCAGCCAGCCAGCCAGCCGGGGAGGCCCGCCGGGCGGAGGGGCGGACGGCGGCGAGAGGCCGGCGGCCCAGCAGCAGCAGCGGGCGCGAGCGCGGCCAGCCGGAGCAGCAGCAGCAGCAGGCCCGGCCCGCAGGCCCGCCGCGCGCGCGCCCCCCGGGGGGGCCCCCCUCGUGACCCCAACUCCUCAGGACACCCCCCCCGUCGCCACUCACGCCUCGCUCCCCCCUCUCUAUAAUAUUUAUAUAUAUAAGAUAAUAUAAUAUAAUAUAUAAUUCUAUUUCUAUCUCUCCUCUGAACUCCUCCUCCUCCCCCCCCGCGUCGCCAUCCACCCCCCCCCACCUCAGCGCGUGCGCGCGCUCGACUCGGCCGCGGCGGCGGCGGCUGCCAUGGAGGCCAAUUGGACCGCCUUCCUCUUCCAGGCCCACGAAGCGUCCCAUCACCAGCAGCAAGCCGCACAGAACAGCUUGCUGCCCCUCCUCAGCUCUGCUGUCGAGCCCCCUGACCAGAAACCGAUUUUGCCCCUGCCGAUAACCCAGAAGCCCCCCCCUGCACCGGAGACCCUGAAAGAUGCCAUUGUCGGGAUUAAAAAGGAGAAGCCGAAAACCUCCUUUGUGUGUACAUAUUGCAGCAAGGCCUUCAGGGACAGCUACCACUUGAGGCGCCACGAGUCUUGCCACACGGGGAUCAAGUUAGUGUCCCGGCCAAAGAAAGCCCCUGCCACCAUGGUACCCCUCAUUUCGACCAUCGCGGGCGACAACAGCCGGACGUCGCUGGUGUCCACCAUCGCGGGCAUCCUGUCGACGGUCACCACGUCUUCCUCGGCUGCCAACCCAGGCAGCAGCGCCGGUGCCGCGGCCAUGCCGGUGACGCAGGCCGCCAAGAAGCCCAGCAAGCCCGUCAAGAAGAACCACGCCUGUGAGAUGUGUGGCAAGGCUUUCCGGGACGUCUACCACCUCAACCGGCACAAGCUCUCCCACUCGGACGAGAAGCCUUUCGAGUGCCCCAUUUGUAACCAGCGCUUCAAAAGGAAGGACCGCAUGACCUAUCACGUGAGGUCUCAUGAGGGUGGCAUCACCAAACCCUACACCUGUGGUGUUUGUGGAAAAGGCUUUUCGAGGUACCAUGUAGAAAAUCCCAGGCCUGAUCACUUAAGCUGUCAUGUCAAACACGUUCACUCUACAGAGAGACCCUUCAAAUGCCAAACAUGCACAGCUGCCUUUGCCACCAAAGACCGGCUGCGGACCCACAUGGUACGCCACGAAGGAAAGGUGUCGUGUAACAUCUGUGGGAAGCUCCUGAGCGCCGCCUACAUCACCAGCCACUUGAAGACGCACGGGCAGAGCCAAAGCAUCAACUGCAAUACCUGCAAACAAGGCAUCAAUAAAAAAUUCGGUUUUUUCAAGCAAGAAAAUCUACACCUUCCUGCUUCCUGCAUGAAUGAAGAGAGCAACAGCCAGAAGCAGCAGCAGCAACAACAGCCGCCCCCACAGCAGCAUGUUACCAGCUGGCCUGGAAAACAGGCAGAGACCCUGAGAUUAUGGGAAGAAGCUGUCAAAGCGAGGAAGAAAGAAAGUCAGCAGACUCUGAGGCCAACUUCUGUCAAGCAAGAAUGUCAGUACACCUUUGAGAAGGCUAUAGAGUACGUACCGUUCGAAGCCGCCAACUUGUGCCAAACAUCCACGGCUGCCCCUACGCCGGUGACUCUCUCGACUCCCUUCAACAUCACCUCCUCGGUGGCGUCGUCGGGGACGAUCACCAACCCAGUCACCGUGGCUGCGGCCAUGAACAUGAGGAGCCCGGUCAAUGUCUCGAGCGCGGUGAACAUCUCCAGCCCCAUGAGCCUGGGCCACCCGGUCACGAUCACCAGUCCGUUGUCGAUGACGUCUCCGUUAACGCUCACCACACCAGUCAAUCUCCCGACUUCAGUCACGGCCCCAGUGAACAUCGCGCAUCCGGUCACGAUCACCUCGCCCAUGAACCUCCCGACGCCCAUGACCUUGGCCGGCCCCUUGAACAUCGCCAUGAGGCCCGUGGAGAGUAUGCCGUUCCUUCCUCAGGCAUUGCCGACUUCUCCCCCUUGGUAAAGAGAAACACGCGCGCCCACAAAUCAAAGCCCCACAGCAGCAGUAUUAGAAAGCGGAAUGCAAAGCAAGACCUUUCCAGCAACUAUCUUUUUUUGUUUUUAGUUGAUGUUGGUAAUGCAACCAGACUAGUCCAGCUGGGGCGAAAAACCGUGCGCCAGUUUCGAGACUCCCGAGAGCAUCUUUGUUAUAAUCCACUUUGUUUGCUUUAAGCGGGCAACAUUUUUGGAAGAGGAGCAGACCCAACCCAAAUGAUUUUUAAAAAAAUAAAUAAAUCAGCAUUACUGAUAACCUAGAAAUCACAAACGAAGAAACACUUUCUAAUUUAAACACUAUUAGCAGGCUCUAGAUAAGGCCUCCCGUAACAGUCACAGGGCGGAGAUGGCUCACCCUAGCUUGUGAGUCCUGAAUCCCUCUGACUUUCAGAAAGUAGUGUUGUAGUCUUUUUUUUUAAAAAAAAAGUUAAAUGCAGUACAUCGUCCUAUUUUUUUAAAAAAAUGCAUUUUGAAUGAUGAUGCAUUUUACCUUUGGGGAUAUGAUUUCAGGCCAAAUUCCCUAUGGGAAAAGUGAUACCAGCUCUGAUAUGCAAAGCAUAUGGUUAACUUAACAUUCUAACUUUGACAUAUAAUAGGGAUUGUGACCUGAUAUUUGGAGAUGUAAAUACUGCGCAGCAUAUUACCCUAAGGGAAUAUAAUGGCAUCGUCAACAUAUUAAAAACAAACUGUUCACCUUUUGGCGAGGAACAGCCAUGGCUAAUGGAAGAGGAACUGAAAUCCAUGAGAAACAUGGUGUCUGGUCAGAAUCUACUUGGGACUCUCUCUGAAGAGCAAGCAGUGGACCUUGAAGCCUACGGGAAAACGGCUUGGAAGUUGGAAGACCGUGGAGGUGCUUGGGGGGUCUCACGUGUGUGGACCCCAAUUCUCUCAAUCAGAACCUGCUGAUGUCAUGAUGGGGGCAGGCGGGUGUUCACUAGAAGUUUUUUGUCUUAUAUUAUAAAUUGUAUACAGUUUUUAUUCUAACCACUAACUAGUUAGGAUGCCCCUUCAGGACAAGCCAAGAGAGUGCAUCUUAUGUUUCUUUAAAAAAAUAAAAAAAUCUUACUUUCCCUUCUUAAUCAAGUCUUGUGCAGAUCUCUUCAACUUUGUAAAUAUUUGCAAACAAAACUCUCUCUCCCCCCCCUUCAUUUUUACUUUUAGUUUGUAUUAUGUUAACACAUAGUUAUCAAUUUGUGGGGGUUUCCCAGUAGCUGUCUGACCUAUCAAGUGAAGGAGAAAUCCCCCCCAUUAAUGGUCACACUUUUUAAAAAAGAAAAUAAAUAAAUAAAGCCCUUUACAUUUUUCAAGGUUUUUUUCCCCCCUGUACAUAAAGUAGGAUGGAAAAUUUAGGGAAGCAAGUUCUUAGGCUAUCAUGUCGCAAUCACUUUUUACCCGGUAACGAAGGUGGAGUUUAGAAAUCACGAAGGGGGAGGUGUGAUGGCAUCGGAUCAGGAAAAGGGCUACGGCAGCGUAGUGAUCAACAGUAUUGUGAUUCUAACGGGAUGCUGGCGAGCCUGAAAGGGCCGAGGUCCAUUUUUUUGUGUUUAUACCCAUCAUGUCAGUGUAAAAGCAGCAUAUGCUCAACUUCUAAAGGCAGGCGUCUGAGGUCAGGAGGCGUGUGUCCAGAUCAUUAUGUGAAAAACGUUCUUAGGGGCUUGGACUACAUAGUUUAAAAGGAAAAAAAAGAAAAAGUGGGGGGAAUAAUAGAACUUAGUGUAAAAUAAUUUUAUAAAUGAUCUUUUUGUACCUUAGGACAUCAAAUUGUACAACUUUUGUAUAUAUAAAAGCUUAGGAACUUCCUGUGUAGCAGAAAAGAGAACACAUUCCUACACUUUUAAUGUAUAUGUUUGUUAUAAUGUCAUGUAAACAUAUGCCCCAUGUUUGUGCCUUUUAAUUAGUUUGUCUCUUCAAUAAACAGAAAUGUAGAGA